AUGAAUCACAAUCCAUCAAGAGAAUUCAAAGCACUCGAGCGUCUCAAGGCUCAAAUCUUCUCAAACUGUCCCUUGAAGACCGGCGAUAAUGAAGGCUGUGGUCGAUGUCAAAUUAAAAUCGAAGACUCUCAAAAGCUACUCUUAUGUCAUUGUGGAAGGAAACUUAAAGUGGAGAUAUUGCAAUCGGCCGAUAGGCAUUGGAAAACAGCCAUCAAAACUGUAUCUAGUCUAAACUCAGCUAUUAAUCGCCAGUAUGCAGAUGAGGAAACAAUGAAAUAUAUAUCAAAUAAUACAUUAUCUGAAGAUCAGUUCCAAGUGACCCGCGCCAAGAUCCUAGGUGAAAAGCUAGCUAGCGAGUCGGUCGAGCAGGCAGCAAAAGCAGGUAGCCCAAAGCUCUGGGAUAUCAUAGCCGAAAAAGCGAAGCGAGGAUUAUUUGAUGAUCAUGCUGUAUUCAAAGCGCUUGUUGAGGCUAUGAGUAGCAAAGCCGAGCGCCUAUCUCAUGGGCACAGUUUGGCUGGGAUCAUCUAUCGACCGGAGCUAGACAAUUGGUUGAUUACAGCUGGUGCAUAUAGCAGUGGAGUUGUGUCGUUGUUCAGAGAUAAUUUUGCCGGCUACCAGUACUCGUUUGCCAAUGAAAACCCCAAUCCAAAUUGGGCAUUGUUAACCAAGUUUCCCUCUGAUGAGGAGAUAACUUGUGCUCUCAAGAUUGCCCGUGUGGAAGCAUAUGUUUUGAAAGAAUUUGUUGGGAAUGACGUCCCGCACAGUCCGAUAUCUUCUACAACACGCAUUCAGCAUGUGAACCCAGCACUUUGGACUCAGGAACCCAAGCAAUUCUAUGACAAUAUCUCCAACAGCAUAGAUCAUGAUUAUCAAGAGACCAAAGUACCUUCACUCACAGUUUCAGAAGCGCUUUCAACAGCAGCCGAGAUCCAUGCAAAUGAUGAAGCAGCAAACUCAAUUGUUGGCCAGCUCUCUCAGAGAAUCGAAUAUGAAUUAUACUCAUCUUUCCAACUUCCGAACUUGCGAAGUUAUCAAACCGAAUCAACACAUCCUGAGAUCACAAAGCAUCAACCUACGCAAUCUCCACUGAUAACUUCUAGCUCCACUUUGAACUUCAAAAACCUUGUGAAGCUCCGACACGAACACAACACACCUACCAUAGAUGGCACCACCAGAGUCAGCGAUAUGAAACCAAGUCAAUGUAGCAAGAUGCUAUCUAUGUUGUAUCAAGAGAAUUGUGUACAAGUUGAACCUCUUUGUCGUCACAAACGUUGGAAUAUGACGGCAAAGAUUCGAGCAGCAGAUAUCAUUUGUACGGUUGGCUCAAAGAUACCGGUCAUCACUACUGAAUGGCUUAAAAGUGGACAGCUCAGCGAACUGAACCCACUGAAGCGACAUAAGUGGGUCAUCAUAAUCAAAGAUAGUACCCUAUACAUUGGUCGUAUCUUAGCCAUAUACGAAAACUCCAAUUCAAAACAUAGUGUAGUCAAAACCGCUGCAAGUCCUUCAAAUCUAUCGUUCAUCUCAGUGGUGAUGGGAAGAUACCAACACAGCACAGUUGACGUUUCCUGGGAUCCAGACAGUCAAAAUUCAUAUUUCUAUGUCCAUAUCUCUCCCAACCGCGUGGCUCACAUCUUCCAAGAGAGUAAAGACGAAGAAUUUAAGUUCUUACAACCCGGACAUCACUCGAUCUCACCAAAAGUCCAGAUGAUUCUACAGUCAAUCAGUAUAAGCACUUGGGCUGUUUCUUUUGAAAAGACUCUCUCAGCAUUGAAAGCAGCCGGAAAAGAUCCUCUCACUUAA